AUGCCAGUUUACCUUGCCUUGUUUCUCUCUCUCUCUCUCUCAAAAAAAAAAGCAGUUAAGCCCCAAACAAUUAAAAGAAAACUCAAACAGGAUAGAGCUAAACCUCGCUCCACCUUCCACUCGUCUCCAAUGGCCACCACCACUCUCUCACGCUCUCACAUCCGCCUGCACCUCCCGCUCCACACCGCCAAUCCUUCCUACCCUCGCUGCUGCCGCCUCCUUCCCUCCUCCGCCAUCUCAUCGCGUCUCCAGAACCCCGCCACAACCACCGCCACCCACUAUCCCAUCCUCCCGCCCGCUCCAUCCCCUUCCCUCCUCGCCGCCGAGGAGGCCUCCCUCGCCCCGCGCCGCACCCACCGGUUCCCGGGCUCUGUCGCGCCCCCGCGCAUCCAGGACUCCCGGGACGACCUCGACGUCCCGGCCGACGAUGACGUCCUGCGGCGUGCGCUCGAGGUGCGCCGCGCUGUGGCCACCGAGGCGCUCGUGGCCGCGCUCAGCGGCGGCAAGGCCGGGGGGCUCACCUACGUCAACAACCUCACUUCACGGAUGGGCGCCUUCGUCGACCGCAUCGUCGUCGGAGCCGCCGCCAUGCGGCGCGACCGCCCCGAGCUCGCGCACCAGUCCUUCAACGCGCGGGCACGGACCUACAUCCAGGAAUCGGGCGUGGUCGAGCUGGUCAAGUGGUUCAAGCACAACUCGUUGACAUAUCCCCAAAUCGCGAAAGUAGUUUGCUCCUGUUCUGGUGAUCUGGAGAAAGUGAGAAGGAUGCUAAAGUGGUUGAGAUCAAUUUAUGUGAAAGGAGAAUUUUUGGGACGUGUGCUUGCGAAGGGUGAAUCCCUUAUGAGUCGCAGUUUCGAAGAAUUGGAAGAGAUUACUGGCUAUCUGGAAUGCUGUGGUGUUAGGAGAGAGUGGAUUGGUCACGUGGUCAGUAGAUGUCCACAGCUAUUGAAUUUGUCCUUGGAUGAGUUAGAGACACGAGUGCAAUUUUAUACAAAUAUGGGAAUGAAUGAGAAUGACUUCGGCACUAUGGUCUAUGAUUAUCCAAAAGUUCUCGGGUUUUUCAGCCUAGAAGAGAUGAACAGUAAGGUUCAAUAUCUGAAGGAGUUUGGUUUGAGCACAGAAGAACUUGGAAAAAUGCUGGCUUAUAAGCCACAGCUCAUGGCCUGCAGCAUUGAAGAAAGGUGGAAGCCACUUGUGAAGUACCUAUAUCAUCUAAACAUUUCACGGGAUGGUAUGAAGCGUGUGUUGGUGGUCCAACCUACGAUUUUCUGUCUUGAUUUAGAGACAGUAAUUGCACCAAAGGUACGAUUUCUACAGGAUAUUGGUGUGAGGAAUGAUGCAGUCGGCAAUGUGCUUGUGAAGUUCCCCCCUGUACUAACUUAUAGUCUGUACAGGAAGUUACGCCCAGUGGUUAUAUUCCUGAGGACAAAAGCUGGAGUAACAGAGGAUGACAUUGGGAAGGUGAUUGCGUUGGACCCGCAGCUCAUGGGCUGCAGCAUCCCACACAAACUGGAAGCCAGCGUCAAGUACUUCCGGUCACUGGGCAUCUACCACUUGGUGCUCGGCCAGAUGGUUGCCGACUUCCCGACGCUUCUCCGGUACAAUGUGGAUGUUCUACGUCCAAAAUACCAGUACCUCAGGCGUGUCAUGGUACGGCCGCUGAAAGAUCUUAUCGAGUUUCCCCGGUUUUUCAGUUACUCUUUGGAGCAUAGGAUAGAGCCUCGGCACAAGGUUCUGGUGGCCAACAGGAUAAACAUGAAGCUGCGGUACAUGCUGCCUGGUUCCGAUGAGGAGUUUGCGCAGAGGGUGCAAGAGGCCGUCGAGAGGAGAGCGAGAUUCGAAGCCGGAGUGACUACUCUGGAGACAUCAGGUGCGCCCGAAACACCCAGCGGCAAUGGAAAUGGCGUAGCAGCAGCAGCAGUAGCAUUUCAAGAGAUCGAGGCAGAUUAA